AUCUUGGAUAUUUUAUUUCUUCCCUAAGGAGAGUCUUCUGUUACUGGAGGUUUCUGAUUAUAAUGUUUUUAUAAAACUCUUAAAGAUAGAGACCCUUUCCUGUCCUUAAAUGCCUUUCAUCCCCAGCAAAUUCAGGACAACAAUUUGAAUAUGAAGUCAUGUGAUGUGCAAUUCACUCUAACAUUAUCGGCGCGAACUUCUUAGUAAUAUUAUUCACAUACCUGUAGGCUGUUUAGCUUCUCCGUCACAAGCCUUCUUUGAAAUGCAAUUUUAGAGACACAGUACAAUUGUAUAAUUGCACUUGUCCUGAAGGGAUGUUCCCUGUAGAAUUUCGAAACGUGCUGACUGGCCCUGGUAAUGUCGUGUAAAUAAGUACAGUUUUACAUUUUUUUAUUCAUGCCAGAACUGAUGGAUUGAUUCCCCCCUUGAAAUAAUGGGACCUGAGACUACCCGAGAGAUCGAUCUGGCUAAACUGGCUAGUGUUCUGCUGAUUUGCUAACAGCUACAGACUUCGAACAACUUUUCCAAACAACAUCUCGGGUGUUUAGUUUAAUACGCCAGGAAGCCUUAUCUCCGCGCUGUCUGCAUCACCAGCCUUAUGUCAGAGAGGAUCAGCACCUCGGAAUGAACAGUUCUUUUUUGCUGGGAAUUAGUCGUUCGCGCAAGGUUUUAAAAACUAAAACUCUCACGGUUUAAGUUGAGUGUUAUACCACCACUAGUUCCUAAAACUGAAAGAUUUAUGUCUCUUGAUUAUUCUGGCAGAUCUUAAUGUCGCCGGAUCAUAACCUGUAAUAGAGAAAAGGGUAAACUGAAAUUGGAUUGGUGUCAAAUCGUUCUCGCAAUGAGUAGGAAAGAAGAGGUUCACUCUUGCACCGAGGUCCAGAAGAAUGAUUUUCCAGAAAACACGAUUUCCAGAUAACCGUACCACAGCAGAUAUGGCAUAACUUUAGAAAAAAUACCUUCGAUUUUCAACUGAGGAAGACGCUGAAAUUUCUUUGCAUUCGGGAAAAAUGGAAAGCAAUUUCAAGAAAAUGUUCUCCGUGAGGACCACGCUGUUCUGUUGUUUCAUCUUAUGUAAGUCAUUGUUCUGCCAUGAGAAUACUCACUCCCAUGCUGAAGAAGAUCUCUUCAAAAAACUGUUUAUUGGCUACAACAGGUGGUCUAGGCCAGUGCCAAAUAUUUCUGACGUUGUCAUUGUCAAGUUCGGUCUCUCCAUUGCACAGCUGAUUGAUGUGGACGAGAAGAAUCAGAUGAUGACAACAAAUGUUUGGCUCAAACAGGAGUGGAAUGACUACAAGCUACGAUGGAAACCUUCUGAUUACGACAACGUCACAUCAAUUCGAGUCCCAUCUGAAAUGAUCUGGGUUCCGGACAUCGUGCUGUAUAACAAUGCGGACGGGGAAUUUGCAGUGACCCAUAUGACCAAGGCCCACCUGUUCUACAAUGGCAUGGUGCAGUGGGUGCCCCCAGCCAUCUACAAGAGCUCCUGCAGCAUUGACGUCACCUUCUUCCCAUUCGACCAGCAAAACUGCAAGAUGAAGUUUGGUUCAUGGACAUACGACAAGGCCAAGAUUGACCUGGAGCGCAUCGAAAACACUGUAGACCUCAAGGACUACUGGGAGAGUGGGGAAUGGGCCAUCAUCAAUGCAGUGGGCACAUACAACACGAAAAAGUAUGACUGUUGCCAUGAGAUCUAUCCUGAUAUCACCUACUUCUUCAUCAUCCGCAGGCUGCCCCUCUUUUAUACCAUCAACCUUAUCAUCCCCUGCCUGCUCAUUUCCUGCCUGACAGUGUUGGUCUUCUAUCUGCCUUCGGACUGCGGUGAAAAGAUCACCUUGUGCAUUUCUGUGCUGCUCUCCCUCACUGUCUUCCUGCUGCUGAUCACUGAGAUCAUCCCCUCCACCUCCCUAGUCAUACCCCUCAUUGGAGAGUACCUCCUCUUCACCAUGAUCUUUGUCACCCUCUCCAUCGUCAUCACCGUCUUCGUGCUCAACGUCCACCACCGCUCACCCAGCACCCACAAGAUGCCCCGCUGGGUGAGAACUGUCUUCCUGGAGUUCAUCCCCCGCUGGCUGUUCAUGAAGCGCCCCACCCUAGACGAGAAACGCCAACGUCUCCUGCAGCAGCAGAACCAUAGUGAGGCCAAGCUCAGCACUUCCAGGUACUGGCUUGAGACUGAUGUGGACCUCAAGUGCGACGACGCCGAGCUGGGCCUUCCCUCUUUCUCCUUCUCCUCUGCUAGUGCUGCUUCCCCUCGCCUCAUACCCGCCCACAGCCCACUCCCUCAAAAACACAACCUCCACCACCGCCUAGAGGGCAUGGCCCGCCAGCUUGGCGGCCGGGUCAAUCCCACCCAGCGCCCUGCUAAAAUAGACAACCUGGUGUCCGACUCGAACUUCCCCUUUUCCCCCAGCAUCCUGCGUGCCCUGGAAGGUGUACACUACAUCGCAGACCACCUCCGGGCCGAAGAUGCAGACUUCUCUGUGAAAGAGGACUGGAAAUACGUUGCCAUGGUAAUUGAUCGCAUCUUCCUCUGGAUGUUCAUCAUUGUGUGUUUACUGGGCACGAUUGGGCUGUUCCUUCCACCCUGGCUUUCUGGGAUGAUUUAGGCCUCACUAUUUACAGGAUGAUGGUUGGUUGAUCUGCUGUUAAAGACUUGAACACCGAAGGGGCAUGCGUGACUGACCAAAGCCUGUGCUACCUGGACGCACUGGAGAAAAGGUCCAAUGAUGUCUCUUUAUUAUCAGGCAGAGACCAGAAACAGUGGAGUGCAGAGCUGUUUUCUCAGGGUGAAAAAGGCAUGUCUCUUACAGUCUUUUUUUUUUUAACAAAAGCACCCUAGCUCCUUCAAGAAACAAAAACCACAGAGACCCCUUGUUUCUCUGGAUGAGUUCACUCCCUGCUACUGCUGCCACUGAAAUAGUUUUAUUAUAUUUUUAAAUGCAACGUUGUACCAUAAAAUAAAAAAGUACGGUUGCCCAGUUGACUGCUAACUUUCAUGUAGUCAUGUAGAAAUAUUUCUUUUGGAUGCAGAGAACUAUAUUGGACCCUAUUAAAAUAUACCUUGUA